AAAAAAGGAACUUCCGGUUAGAAUAAGAAAGGUGGAACAAGGGAUUCUUCUUCGGAAGGAAUAAAUUUUUACAGAGUGUGGAGGUAGCUGAUCUCCGUCCGUCCAUUAACAAUGUCAAAACGCCCAUCCUAYGCUCCUCCUCCUCCCCCUGCCCCAACAGCACAAAUGCCUUCCACCCCAGGGUUUGUGGGCUACAACCCUUACAGCCAUCUGGCCUACAACAACCUCCGACUGGGAGGGAGCUCCGGAGGCUCCAGCAGGAACUCCUCGGGCAUCACCGUCCCAAAGCCUCCCAAACCUCCAGACAAGCCGCUGAUGCCCUACAUGCGGUACAGCCGGAAGGUAAGCAGGAAGGUUUGGGACCAAGUGAAGGCAUCCAAUCCAGACUUGAAGCUGUGGGAGAUCGGUAAGAUCAUUGGAGGAAUGUGGAGGGACCUGACGGAUGAAGAGAAGCAGGACUACUUGAAUGAGUACGAAGCCGAGAAGAUAGAGUAUAAUGAUUCUUUGAAGGCAUACCAUAACUCACCUGCAUACCUGGCUUAUGUCAACGCCAAGAAUCGAGCUGAAGCAGCAAUGGAGGAGGAGAGCAGGCAGAGGCAGAGUCGUAUGGAUAAAGGAGAGCCCUACAUGAGCAUUCAGCCUGCUGAGGACCCUGAUGACUACGAUGAUGGUUUUUCAGUAAAGCACACAGCAGCUGCUCGCUUCCAGAGGAACCACAGACUCAUCAGCGACAUCCUCAGUGAGUUUGUUGUUCCUGAUGUCCGCUCUGUGGUAACAACAGCUCGUAUGCAAGUUCUCAAGAGACAAGUCCAGUCUCUAAUGGUGCACCAGAGGAAAUUGGAGGCAGAACUUCUACAGAUUGAAGAUCGCCAUCAAGAAAAGAAAAGGCGCUUCCUGGAGACAACGGACUCCUUUAACACUGAGCUAAAACGGUUGUGCAGUCAGAAGGUAGAGGUGGACAUGGAGAAGCUAGCAGCAGAGAUGGCUGCAGCUGAGGAGGCGGCGAGGCGACGUGUGGAGGAGAGGGAGCGCGAAGCGGCUGAGCAGGCAGAGAAAGCUGCGCAGCAACAACAAGACGCUGCUGGAAACAAAGCUUCAGAGCAGAGUAACGGUGCYGAUAAUAUCACUGCUAACACUUCAGGGACCAAAGAGGACGACAAGCCUACACCGAUGGAAAUGGAUGAAGCAUCAUCUGCAGAGACCCCCUCUGACCACCAGUCUGCUCCACCUCCCUCAAGCGAUCCUCCUCCUGGCUCUGAUAAAGCUGCCCCUCUUCCUGAGCCUCCCAGUGAGAGCAACACCCCMCUCAGCAGUGCCCUCAGUGACGACAACAGCAGCACAGCGCCCCCUACAGACGGCACCUGCGGAGCAGAAGCAGCGUCGGACUCCUCAUUGGGGCAUGAAGCGGCUAAUCCUGUGGGUGCACCAGCGCCCCCGGCCUCAGAGGCAUCGGCCCCCCCACCACCACCGUCACUCCUCCUCCCCAGCCAGAGCAGCCAGCAGUACGACCUGUGAGGGUGGAGGAGAAGUUGUUUCUGUGCAGCGYAGUGGUACAACCUGAACACCAGGGGGUGCUGCUGCUCAUGCUUCUCCUCCUCAGCUUAAUAAUUCAAAUAAAUACAGAGAAAAAAAUGUUGUGUAUAUUCACCUCUUUUUAUUUUUCUUUUGUUCUGAGGACCUUAAAUCAGCUCUGGUCAUUUUUUGUCAAAUCUGGUUUGCUGCUGAAAAACAUUCCUCUUGUCCUCCACGUUUCUAACUUGAAAUGCACAGAAUGACAUACGUUGUGGUUUUUAAAUCUUUUAGCUCCCUCUAGAGUAAAGCUUUCUGUAAGACCUAAGAAAUCUGACACAAACUGACUAGCAGUGAUGUUUCUGUGUCUAGUCACGUAAAACGAACAUAUAUUUUAAUGAAUUAUCAGUGUUCUGCAUGCUGAGUUACUAACCUCGCUACAGAACUGCAGCUGAGGAUAAAAUGUUUGUCUCCAGGGAGAUUUUAUUCUUUGGAUGUUAAGAAUUGUUUUUGUGUGUGUGUGAAAAUAAGUUUCUUUUUUUAAUUAUUCUUUUGUAGAAAAAAAUGCAUACUCUUUUAGUAUCUAGAGUUUCUCUACAUGUCAUUUUAUUAUUUUUUUUUUACAUUUCCUGCUGACACCUCAAGCAUUUAACUUCUAUCCCAAAAACUAACCUCACUGAUGUGUUUAAAGGAGUGAUUUCUUACCUGAAAUGGACAGUUUAGUAAUAUGUCUGUUUUACAACUGUCUUUAGUUUCAUCUGAUCUUAUCUACACAAAUAAAAAUGAAUUCAUAGUC